UCCCCGCGGGAGGACGGGCCGCACGGGGGUCCUCCCCGCCUCGCCGCCGCCGAAAGCGAUCCUCCACGGGCCCCGCAAAGCCCACCCGCUGGCAGUGCCGCCCUUGCACCCCGCCGCAGGGGCCGCGGACCGGGAAACUUUUUUGGGGGAGAAAUUAAAUAUAUAUCUAUAUAUAUAGUUUCCCCCCCACUCUGUGUCUCUCUUCUCCCGCUGUCAGGUGACUUUUUAGCCUUAGAAGCUAAUGAGCUUGGAUGCUCUGGGGAUCCCAGUGAUGGACCCUGCUGCUCUCUCCAGGCGGAACACGGCGCUGAGAUUAGUAGACUUGGCGGGGGCUCCUCGCCACCACCACCCCCCUCAAAGCAUGUCAAGCUUCCCGGGCUUUGCCGGGCACCCCCACGCCACGGCGCCCACGCAGCCGGGGGAGCACGUCGCCGAGUCCCGCCUCGGGCCGCUUCAGCCAGAGUACAUGGGGCACCGCCACCAUCCUCCUCCUCAGCAUCACCCCGCGGCCCUUAAGCUCAGCCCUGCCCCUCAUCCCCAUCACCAGCUCCACCACUACCACCACCACCAUCAUCAUCAUCAUCAUCAUCAUCAUAUGGCAGGCCAAGUCGAGGUGGUCUCUAGUCAAACGGGAGCGUUUGGCCCGGCGCAGUCACCAGCAACCCCUUACCCCGUCUCUCACCCAGCCCAGGCUCUGGCAGCAGGUAGGGACUUCUUCAUACGCAAAGACCUGCCGGCCUCACUCAUGCCAGGGCUGACUGAGCAGCACCCCGCUGCAAAUUCUCACCACGGACUGUUUGUCUCAACAACAGGUAGCUACCCAGGACACCAUGGUCACCACCACCACUCAGAAGCUGGGAAUCCCUCUCUGUUCACUGGACUCCAUGAGCAGCCUCCCCAUGCAGCUCCAGGUGGCCAUCUAAACGGACAGAUAAGACUGGGGUUACCUGGAGAUAUGUACGCCAGGUCUGAACAUUUCACUCAAGUACCAGCCUCCAGGACAGAUCCUUUUCCUGCUUCUUCGCUUCAUAGCUACAGUGGCAUGAAUCUGAACGUGAAUCUGGCUCCACACCACGGCCCGGGUGCCUUCUUUCGUUACAUGAGGCAGCCCAUCAAACAGGAACUCAUCUGUAAGUGGAUUGAGUUGGACCAGACUCCCAAAAAAUUAUGCUCGAAAACUUUCAGCACGAUGCACGAGCUGGUGACUCAUGUCACAGUGGAACACGUUGGAGGACCUGAGCAGUCCAAUCACAUAUGUUUCUGGGAAGAAUGUCCAAGAGAAGGGAAACCUUUCAAGGCCAAAUAUAAACUUGUAAAUCACAUCAGAGUCCACACAGGUGAAAAACCUUUCCCUUGCCCUUUCCCAGGCUGUGGCAAAGUCUUUGCCAGAUCAGAGAAUCUCAAAAUACACAAAAGAACUCAUACAGGAGAAAAGCCUUUCAAAUGUGAAUUCGAGGGCUGUGACAGACGCUUCGCCAACAGCAGCGACAGGAAGAAACACUCGCACGUCCACACCAGCGACAAGCCCUACAACUGCAAAGUGAGAGGCUGCGACAAGUCCUACACCCACCCUAGCUCCCUGAGAAAACAUAUGAAAGUGCACUGCAAAUCCCCUCCUCCCAGCUCCGGCUACGAGUCCUCCACGCCCUCACUGGUGUCCCCCUCCUCGGACUCCGGCCGGGAACCCCCCGCCUCCUGUUCCCACGCAGAGCCCUCCGCUCCCGCGCAGCCCACCGCCAACCUGAGUGAAUGAUGCCUAUCCCGCUGCUCUCAAGGUAAUCUAGACAGACGCAGCUGAAAGCCUGAAUCUUAUGCCUUAGACAUCAAAGCAAGCUCGUACAAAGAAGUAUUUCUUCACAACGGUGAAUCUUCAUGGUAAGUUAGGAUUUCUAUGGCAAUAGGCAAGUCAUACUUAAAUAGUGAAAGGCGAAGUCUGGAGCACGUCCAGGCUUUUCAUUAAGGACAUAAUAUUUACAUCUAACAGGCCCUUUUUCUUGUGUAUACAAGUAUAUAUUUUUGUUUGACGCGAACUAAAUCAUUUUCAUUUAAUUUCCGGUAAACAAAACCCACGCGAACAGAGCACUUGUUCCAGACCAUAAUAAAAAUGGAUAAGACUGUCAGGAAGAAAAGGCCUGCUUGAACUGUCGCCUCAGCUCACUUUUGUUUCUGCUUUCUGCCGGGAUCAGAGAAUGAGUUUGGGAUUUGAGGGCGAGUUUCUAAAGGCAAGGAAAUGGUUUUUAAGGGGGAAAAGAAAAGGAGAAAGGUCUAAUCAAGCUCGGGUUGUUCAAAGGGUCUGAUUUUGGGGUUGAAAGUGUGAGUUUUAUGGUGCAUCAGCAUGCCACGUUAGGAUCGCUAUGGUAAUGAGGAGAGCAAUAGCAAGCGGCCUUCAAAGGAGGCACACUCCAUUUGAGACAGUCUAUUAAGAUACAUUUGCACUGACCUUUGGUUUCAUGCUAGCUUAAUACACUCAAUCUGCUCCCCGCUAGAGAUAGACUUCCUCCACGGAAUGCACUUUGGCGGAGUUGGGGUUUGCUGCGCUUCUCCCUGCCCCCAAGACAGGCGUUGUAGCCCUGCUCUCCUUCUCCCCAAAGUAAGGGGCUGUCAGCGAGGCUUGAAAGCUCCCGUCCCCUCUGACCAGCACUUCUGACCAGCUCCUCACAGCAAAUCCCAGCCACAAAGCUCGAGAAGUGCUCUCCUUUUACCCCCACCCCUCUCAGGGGAACCGAAAGACCUCGCCUUGGUCUGCCUCGGCCCCACGGAGUAAGUGUGCUGAUGGAAGUCCCCCCCAGGACCCGCGAAAGAGGAGCGAGGGCCGAGGGGAGCCGCCCGUACCCUCCUUCCCGUCGUGCCCUGCCCAGCCGGCUCUGCGCGGCAUCAAGCGGAAGAUCCGCGGUGCGGGGGGAACUUGACACCCUCACGGCCGGGGCCACGGGCACUGGGCCAUGGGCCCGGGAAAGUUAGAAGUCCAUGUUUUAGUAAUUGUCUUGUUGUUUAUUUUAUCCAAGUACCCUAGUGAAUAGGGGAAAAAUAAACACGAUGAAAAAAAUUUCAAACAGUUGAGUCGUCUUUAGUGCCAACCCUUGUGGUUGAAUAAAAAGGAUGGACCAAUUUCUAUUGAGCUGAGAAAUCUUUGAAGUGGGAGUUAUUAUCUGAGAAAUUCCUACUCGUCGUCCUAACAACGCUGAUGAAACGUAAAAGGUUCUUUGUCAGCGAUUUGUUCUCCUCUCUGUCAAACUCACCCUGCCCGUUAGCUUUAAACCGUUUCUAAAGAGAUAAAAUCAAACUUUUAAAGAUAACUUUAGGGGCUCAGAGGGUGCAGUAAACACCAAACUAUCGAAUCCUGUGUAUAGACAUACAUCUGGAUAUAUGUGGCUGUGGCUGUGUGAAACUGUAUACAGAUCUCCAUAGAUGUGUGACCUUACUGUUUGAAAGUUGAAGUGAUGUCUACUUUUUGCAUUUUAUCCUCUGAACCUUUCUGUCUAAUAGAUUAUUCCUACACAUACGCUGCACAGAAUGUGAAUCUUGAGAGAAGGUAGAAAUGUUGGGUUUCAUUAACACCAAUAUGUGACCAAUAAGCUUUUCCUUUCCAAUAGAGUGAAAGCAAAAGCGUGGACGUAAGAGUAAAGACUUGGAUCAUUUUAGCAGUCCGAAAACCUAUUAAGCAUGUGUAUAGUGCAAUGUAUCGAAGUUGUUAACGCAUUCAGAGAUGGCUUCCAUAUGCUCUCUUGUUUUAUUGUCUGUAAGUGUAGAGAUAGUCAAACUGCAUCCGUUUUGUAUCUUCAUUUAUAAACAUCACGAUGAAUACUGAAAUGAUUUCCCUAUCAAGGUUUAUUUAGUAGUUUCCCACUGGAGACCACGCGAUUGCUCUGUUUGUAAUACGAAUUCCUUGAAGUUGUAACUCAUCAGUGUACUUCUGUUCUAGUUGCUGCAGAAUGAUCUGAGCCCAAUACUGCCAUUCUAAGAAACCCCAUUAAUUAAAUGGGACUUUUCCUGAGUAAAGACCGAGUCACACUGCAGUGGAGUGGGUAUUUUAUUCUUAUUGUUGUUGUCUUUAUUAUUAAUUCUGGAUCUUGUCAUCUUUAUGGGAAAAUCUACCAAAUUCCUUGUGAACUGUACAGAGAAGUCUCUGAAAACGUAGCUCACAAAAAAAAAAAAAAAAAAAAAAAAAAAAACAAAAACCAACCCCCAAACAUUCGCAAUGGUGUUAUGUUGUAUCUUUCCCCAAACUUCUAUAUUCCAUCUUUUCCUUCGUCCCAUGUUUGGUAAUGAAGGACUGUUCUGUUGUGUGUUUGAACAUACUAUUUAUUUUUAAUAUUUGGAUUUUUUUUACAAUAAAUAUUUAUAAAUGUUUC